CCCCAGGGGCGAGGCCCAGCCUUGGGGACGACCUUCCCGGGGCCGAGCUGCGGGGCCUCUCCGAGCCCUACGGCUCCUGCAACGUCCUCCAGACCUUCACCGUCGCACCCGUGGAGGGGGACACCACGGAAGGCAUCGUCCACCUGCGUGACACCCCCACGUGCACAGAAAGCUCCUCUUCCCCCUCCUCCAGAGCAACGGGGCUCAAGACCCCCCACCACACCUGCUGGCUACGUCCACCCCUGCCAGCACCUGCUUUAUGCCCCUGGGCAUUAUGGGGCGCUGCAGGCCUGGGAAGCCUGCUGCCCCCGCAUCUUGUUUGACGAUGCCUCCGGAUGGGCCCUGCACUGCCCAGGUGGCGCUAUGCACGCCCCAGCGAGCGGCCUUCUAGCCAGCAGGUGUCUCUAUGCUUCGCACCCACCUCGCGCUAGGUGGCGCUGCGGCGCAGGCUCCCCCGGUGCGCCUUCGGCCCCUCUAGGCGGCCGGGCAUCCUCGCUUCUAUGAUUUCCGGGAGGAGGGGGUGUGGUAGCCGGCGAGCGCAGCCAUUGGGAAGGCGCGGUUCCCUGACGGGCGGCGUGGCAGGCCAAUAGGGGCCGGGCGAGGCGGAGGAGGCGCAGGGCCAGUGGCGAUGGGGCUGCUGACCAUCCUCAAGAAGAUGCGGCAGAAGGAGCGGGAGCUGCGGAUUUUGAUGCUUGGUUUGGAUAAUGCUGGGAAAACCACCAUCCUGAAGAAGUUCAAUGGGGAGGACAUUGACACCAUCUCACCCACCCUAGGCUUCAACAUCAAGACCCUGGAGCACAGAGGGUUCAAGCUGAACAUCUGGGAUGUGGGGGGACAGAGCUCCCUGCGCUCCUAUUGGCGCAACUACUUUGAGAGCACAGAUGGGCUUAUCUGGGUGGUGGACAGUGCGGACCGGCACCGCCUGGCCCUCUGCAAGCAGGAGCUCCAGAACCUCCUGGUGGAAGAGCGCUUGUCAGGGGCCACCCUGCUCAUCUUCGCCAACAAACAGGACCUGCCGGGGGCGCUGAACUCCAAUGCCAUCCGCGAGGCUCUGGAACUGGACAGUAUCAAGAGCCACCACUGGUGCAUCCAGGCCUGCAGCGCGGUCACGGGGCAGAACCUUCUCGUGGGCAUCGACUGGCUCCUGGACGACAUCUCCAGUCGCAUCUUCACCGCGGACUGAGCCUGGCCCUGACGGGGUCCCUCCUUGGGGGUGUGGAGGGCAGGCCUGUCUCCCCUCCCUGUCACCCACAUCACUGCUUCUCCUUUGGACUCGGAUUGCACCCUCCAUCAGACCCCUGGGUUCGCCUGGAUAGGACCCUGCAUCGCCUCUGGGGGCGGGGGCUUGGGAUAGGGCCGCGAGAAGGGAGGCUGGGGUGAGGGGGGCCCUGAAUUCCUUGAAUGAGGGGGCUUGGAAAGAAGGAGAGGUACUGGCCCCCCCCUCAAUCGUUGUGUUAAGUCUUGCCUGUGUCGCACUAAUAAAAUCACUGGCCUGCCCCCUCCA